AUCAAACUUAGAAACAACUACGGAGUACCAACAUUGCCAUUGCCAUUGCUACCAUCUCUAUCCUCCGACUUCCUUGACUUCCUUCCACCUCCCAUGAAACCCUCACACUCACCAUCUCUCUCUCUCCUCCUUCUCAUCCUCCUCAUUUUCCACCCAUCACCACCACCCACCGCCACCGCCACCGCCACCGCCACCGCUACUGCCGAACCCUCAUUUUUCUCCUUCCUAAUCUCAACCGAAGGCUUAAACUUCCUGAAAGACUUGCUAAUUUCUAAAGCAAUCUCCACCCUCACACCUCUUCAAAUCCCCCAAAUUGAUCAAUCCCUCCAAAUCCCCUUCCUUGGUAAUGUCUUCGUUCGAUUAUCCAACCUCUCUCUCCACCAAAUUGUUGUUUCUGAUUCUUUUAUCACCCCCGGAGACGCCGGCAUCGCCUUUAUCGUCUCCGGGGCAACUGCUAAUAUGAGCUUGAAUUGGUAUUACUCUUAUUCUUCUGGUUGGUUUUUGCCCUUCCAGUUUUCUGAUCAUGGCCUUGCUUCCAUUCAGGUUGAAGGGAUGCAAGUUGGCCUCACCUUGUAUUUGAAAAUUCAAGAAGGAAGGCUGGAACUCUCUCUUGUUGAAUGUGGUUGCUUUGUCGAAAAUCUCUCUAUCAAAUUGGAUGGAGGUGCAUCCUGGCUUUAUCAAGGGAUUGUAGAUGUGUUUGCUGGACAAAUUGAAUCUGCAGUGGAGGAAGCUAUUACCGAGAAUCUUAAAGAAGCUAUUUUAAAGCUUGCUUUGUCUCUUGAGAGCUUACCUAAACGGAUCCCAGUUGAUGAUAUUGUGUCCUUGAACAUCACUUUUGUAAAUGAUUUUGUCCUAAGCAAUUCUUCCAUUGGAUUUGAGAUCGAUGGUUUAUUCACUCGAAGAGAUCAAGCAUGGGCAUCCAAAUACUACAAGGAACAUUUAGUUCAUAAAGUUUCAUCGACUCCAACAGAUCAGAACUUAAAAUCGAAUAUCUAUGAGGGGCAUUUCCAAGCUUUACCAUGUCGUGAUUCAUCAAGAAUGAUAGGAAUUUCAAUUGAUGAAGCUGUUUUUCACUCAGCUUCGACCUUGUACUUUGAGGCAGGUUAUUUGCAAUGGAUUGUGGAUAAGAUACCAGAUCAGGCUCUCCUGAACACCGCUGGUUGGAGGUUUAUCAUUCCUCAGCUUUAUAAGAAGUACCCAAAAGAUGAUAUGAAUUUGAACGUCUCUUUCACUUCUCCUCCAGUCUUAAGGAUUUCCCGCCAAAACAUUGACAUUAUUGCAAAUAUGGACUUGAUAAUUGAUGUCUUAGAAGGCGGGCAAGUAAUACCAGUUGCAUGCAUUUUACUGGAAAUUCAUGCUUCUGGCUAUGUGAAAAUAAGAGGUAAUGAUCUUGGGGGCAAGGUAAAAUUGGAUGAUUUCAAAAUGGCAUUAAAGUGGAGCAAGAUUGGUAAUUUGAAGAUGUUUUUGAUACAGCCUGUUAUACGGACAGUUGUUGAAACAGUUUUCGUGCCAUACGUCAAUGCAAGACUUUGGAAAGGGUUUACAUUGCCCAUGUUCCAUGGUUUUACCCUUGAAAACGCCCAAACAAAUUACCUAGACUCCAGCCUCAUUGUUUGCAGCGAUUUAUCAUAUUCGGAGUCAGAUGAUCAUGCUCAGGCUUUGGUACAAAUAUCAUAGACCAUCUCAGAGGAAUGAAUAUUUGCCCGGGGUUAAAGUUGCAUAUAUUCAUACAACCAUUUGGGAGCCCUGCUGUCCAAGUAACUGAACUUUGCCAUACGAAACAGUCAGAUUUUCCCUUCGUACAACUGUAUAUUUGAUUAUGAUCAAUUGCAGUUAGUGUAAUUUUUAUGUGUAUUAUGUAAAUUAUGUAUAAGUUCUCAUAAAUAAGUUAGUACUACGUAUGUUAACAAUUCUCACUAGGAAAACGCUAUCAACAAGUUGUACAUUAAAGUUUUUUUUUUUUUUUUUAAAAAAAGUUGUACUUUAAAUGUCACAGAAAUUUUGGGGUAAAUAUAUAUACUUUGUAGUCCGUA